AUCAUUGAAGCUUGUUUACAGCCAUUUCGACCCUUUCGAAAAUACAACGGAGUACAGCCACGAUAUUGUUUCUCCUUUUUUCAAUUCUCUUUUGGGUAAACAAAAUUUGGUCAAUAGAACUUCCUUUUUGCGGCCUAUCUAAUUCUAUUGAAUAACUUGCGCUGGUAAAAUACUACUUAACGCGGCUCUAGCGCUCUUAUCACACAAGCACGAGGUCCGCAGCCAAUAAAACCUCCGGCGCAAACAACAAGUAAUCUCACUGGGUGGCUGAGCUCUUACAGGGCAUUUCGAGCAUGCGACUUCGUGAUAAUUUUCACAACUAAGAUUUCCAACAUAUGUGGGCAAGCUGGCGAUGACAGUCUGUAGGGAUACUAUCACAUCGUCAUUCUAGCUCUACAAUUUUGCCAGGCAGCAUUGCUUAUAGAAGUUCGUAAUAGUAAGGCUGGAUGGGAUGGGCGUUUUGUGCUCACUACUUAAAGACGGCGAGGAAGCGCCGGUCAGCAAAAUCAAAGAGGCCGAGAGAGCGAAGCCGAGGUCAGGUAUCUUAAAGAUGCCUCAAUCUGGAAAACCAGGGACAAGAGCAAAGGAGAGUUGGCGUCUUGCGAUUGAAAAAAGAGAAUUCGACACACCAGAGGAUUAUGAUAAAGCUCUCCAGUCUCUUCAGCUAGCGGAACGGAGAACUGCAUUUGAUGCCGAAGCUGAAGCCAAGUCUUCAGAAACGGAGAAAAGGGCAGCAAGAAUCGUCCAGAGAAUCAGAGAUUAUGAUUGGGACGAGACUUAUGGGAGACCAGUCGACGCGAAAGGUCUCGCUACUGGUAAGAGGACUCAAGGAGAACACUUCUUGGGAAACCUGGAUCUCAUCAAUGGUACGGAGUUGAUGAAAAUCGCGAAACGAAUGCCCAAAGGCGCCCACCUUCACAUUCAUUUCAAUUCAUGCUUGCCAGCACAGUUUUUGAUAGAACAGGCCAGGACUAUUGAUGCAAUGUACAUCCGGAGCACUCUUCCUCUAACGUCGCCGGGGAAUUACGCGGCGUCACGCAUCUCUUUCAUGGUGAUGACACUUCAUGAAGCGACCCACGUGAAGAGUGAAGAAAAAGAAAUUAAUGUCCCUUUGGGGAAUGUUAUGGAUGGUGACUACGUCUCCAAUAGAUGGAUGCUGUACAAGGAGUUCCAAAAGGGAUUCAAUUUUGUGGAUGAAAAUGGUCGCGAGUUGAUCGGUACAGCUGGUGCCGAAGAAUGGCUCCAGAGAAAAAUGCAGAUUUCGGAAGAGGAAGCCCAUGAUUGUUCUCAAACAGGUCGCGGGUAUGUAUGCACAUUCAAUCGGGCAAUUAAAGCUAACAAUACUAGUAUUUGGGAAAAAUUCAAUUAUAGGACUCAGAUGAUGAAAGGGCUGUUUGCUUACGAGUCAGCAUUCAGAAACUACACCCGAGAGUGCAUUCAUGAUUUUGUCAGUGACAAUAUUCAAUAUGCUGAGAUACGACCCAAUUUUAUGGCCACAAAUUCGCUAAAGUCUGACGAUGGCACGAAGACUAUUGGUAACGAAGGGAUUUUGAAUAUCAUCGAUGAAGAACUGCAUAGGACUAUGCAGGAAAUUCGAAAUGAUGAGAAUAAGCUGUAUUUCGGAGGCAUGAAAGUCAUUUACUGCACACCUCGCUCAUUCGACAGGGGCCAGAUUGAAGUAGCGCUUGAUGAAUGCAUUGAUUUAAAAAAGAAGUAUCAAAAACUACUGUGUGGUUAGUUUAGUUCAAAUUUUGAGUCCAUCCACAUCCACUAAUGGGAGUAUAGGUUUCGAUCUUGUGGGCCAUGAAGAAAUGGGUAAUGAGCUUCGGCAUUUCGUGCCCGAAUUUCUUGCAUUCCGUCGAAAAUGCCGGGACCAAAAACUAGACAUCCCAUUUCUAUUUCAUUGCGGGGAGACAUUAUCGGUUGGCGGCAAAGUCGACGGUAAUCUUUUCGAUGCGAUUUUACUUAAUGCAAAAAGAAUCGGACACGGUUAUGCAGUUGCGAGACACCCUAUUCUCAUGCAGAUAUUCAAAGAGAAGAAUAUCGCUAUCGAGUCCUGCCCUAUUUCUAAUGAGGUCCUUGGUCUCACUCCCAACAUUGCAGGACAUAACCUUCCAAUAUUGCUGGCAAACGAUGUGCCUUGCACGAUUAAUAGUGAUAAUGCUACAUUUUAUAGGCAUGUUCCUCAACAUUCAUCAUUUAGAAUUCCACUAAUCAAUAGCAGAUCAUCCUUAUCCCACGACUUCUAUCAAGUAAUGAUUGGCUCUGAAUCAAUGUCCCUUUACGGCUGGAAACAACUUGCAAAAUGGAGUUUAGAGCAUAGCUGCAUGGAUGCUGAAGAGAGAAAGGACGUCACGAAGGAGUGGACUACGAGAUGGAAGGAUUACUGUCAAUGGAUUGUUGAUGAAUAUAGUUGGGUGAAUCGUUGGACACCGGCGCCUGGUCGACAUUGAUUGGCGACGUAGAUGAUCAGAGAGGUUAUCGCAACCAAAGGCGCACUAUGCCUCGUUGAGGCUCUUUCGUUUCAUGUCCACGACCGUCUUCUAACGACAGGAGUGAGAGUAGGAUGGGAGAGACGGGAAAAGAAAAUGGGGCGGAACGAGAUGAUACCGGGCGUUGAGGUGCAUGAGAUUUAGACACAAGAGUUUACAAUGAGAGACUACUGAUGACUACGGUUUAGGGUGUAUUAUUUUUAUGAUUUGAUGCCUUUACUCUAUUUUAUAUUUUUAUAUUAUU